GGGGGACACAGCAGUUCUUUACGUUUAGCCAGGUAUAAAAGGAAAGGGUUAAACCAGGUAGGCAAGCAGUUCAGGAGCAACAGCAACAACUCAUCUACAGCCAACAUGAGCAACACCGACAUGAACAUGAGGGGCAAGAUCAUCUUCUACGAGGACAGGAACUUCCAGGGUCGCUCCUAUGAGUGCAUGAGCGACUGCUCCGACAUGUCCUCCUUCCUGAACAGGUGCAACUCCUGCCGGGUGGAGAACGGCAGCUUCAUGGUCUACGACCGUCCCAACUUCAUGGGAAACCAGCACUUCAUGAGGAGGGGCGAGUACUCCGACUACAUGAACAUGAUGGGAAUGAGCGGUGGCAUCAGGUCUUGCCGUAUGAUCCCCCAGCAUAGAGGCCAGUUCAGGAUGAAGAUCUUCGAGAGGGAGAACUUCCAGGGCAUGAGUCAUGAGCUGAUGGACGACUGUGACAACAUCAUGGACCGUUACCGCAUGUCCGACUGCAUGUCCUCCCAUGUGAUGGACGGCCACUGGCUGAUGUACGAGCAGCCCCAAUUCAGAGGCAAGAUGAUGUACCUGAGGCCCGGAGAGUACAGGAGCUUCAGGGACAUGGGAAUGAGCGGCAUGAGGUUCCAGAGCAUGAAGCGCAUCAUGGACAUGUAAAAACCAACAUGUUCAUUACAUCAAAAUAACCAAAAUAAACAAACAUUUUUGACAAAAUGUUUUCUGCCACUUCA